CAACCGCAUCACGUUGACAGCUUGUUGUGUUUACACCCUAUCCAAGUGCACGUUGUUUCAUUCCGUCGUUCCGUCGUGUUUUCCGAUUUGCGGGACACAAAAAUCCGCUUUUUCUGGUCUCGUUUUUAGUGCCUUUGCACCCCAAAAUGUCUAGCUCGGAAAGUGACGAUAUGUCCGAUGUGGAGGAAGCAGCAAGGGCUGCAGCGAACGGGGACGGUGCUUCGUCCGACGAACAGGAGAACGGAUCCGGUACCGGCAGCGAUGACGGUGAGGCGAAAGACAAAACGGCCGAAAAUGGUACCGAAAACAAGCAAACGUGGGAAGAUUUAGGACUCAUCGACAUUCUCUGCCAAGCGUGCCGUGGUCUCAAAUGGAAAGCGCCGUCGAAAAUUCAGCGCGAAGCAAUCCCACUCGCAUUGAAUGGUAAGGACAUUAUCGGCCUGGCCGAGACAGGUUCGGGCAAAACGGGUGCAUUCGCGCUACCCAUCCUCCAAGCGUUGCUGGACAACCCGCAGCGCUACUUUGCCGUCGUGCUUACGCCGACACGUGAGCUGGCGUACCAGAUAUCGGAACAGUUUGAAGCGCUCGGUGCGAUGAUCGGCGUUAAGUGCUGCGUUAUCGUCGGUGGCAUGGAUCUGGUAACGCAGGCAAUUCAGCUCGCCCGCAAACCACACAUCAUCAUCGCAACGCCCGGCCGGCUGGUGGAUCAUCUCGAGAACACGAAGGGUUUCAAUCUGAAGGCCAUCAAAUACCUCGUGAUGGACGAAGCGGAUCGCAUCCUUAACAUGGAUUUCGAGGAAGAGGUGAACAAAAUCCUGAAGGUAAUGCCCCGCGAACGUCGCACCUUUCUGUUCAGUGCCACCAUGACGAAGAAGGUGAAAAAGCUCGAACGGGCGUCGUUGCGCGACCCGGUCAAGGUGGAAGUGUCGAGCAAGUACCAGACGGUGGAGAAACUGCUCCAGUACUAUCUCUUCAUACCGGCCCGCUUCAAGAACGUGUAUCUCGUGCACGUGCUGAACGAGCUGGCCGGCAAUAGCUUCAUGAUUUUCUGCAGCACCUGCAACAACACGGUCCGCACGGCCCUGAUGCUCCGUGCGCUCGGGCUGGCGGCCGUCCCGCUGCACGGUCAAAUGACACAAAACAAACGGUUGGCCGCAUUGAACAAGUUCAAAUCGCAGGCCCGCCAAAUCCUCAUCUCCACCGACAUUGCUUCCCGCGGGCUCGACAUCCCGCACGUGGACGUUGUGCUCAAUCUGGACAUUCCGAUGCACAGCAAGGACUACAUCCAUCGGGUAGGGCGUACCGCACGUGCCGGCCGUGCCGGUCAGGCCAUCACCUUCGUGACGCAGUACGACGUCGAGCUGUACCAGCGCAUCGAGCAUCUGCUCGGCAAAAAGUUGCCCGAGUUCAAGUGCGAACAGGACGAAGUGAUGGCACUGCAGGAGCGGGUGGGUGAAGCACUCCGGACGGCACGCGUCGAGCAGCGGGACAUCGAGGAGCGGAAGGCAAGCAAAACGGGCAAGGGCAAGCGCGGGGCGGACGAUUCCGACGAGGAAGACACGGAACAGUUCAACGGUGUACGCAAGCGGCUGAAACCGGGCAACGCGAAGGGUGGCGGCAAGGGUGGCAAGGGAGGGAAAAAGUCCCGAAGGAAUUAGGGGCAUUGCCAGACGCCCGUGUGCAUGUACAAUAUAAGAAAAUAAAAAGCAGCAAUUAACAAAAACGACGAAAAAAAAAACACAUUCACUUAUAUUACGAAAACAAACGUUAAAUUAAUCUUACUUUAUUUGAUCGGUUUGUUCUUGAGCAGUGUCCGCCAGCAACUUUGUUCAAAAUUCAAAAUUUCGCCUCCGAUUUGUUCUAUUACCUAUAUCAAUUCCAUUGAAAUACACGUCGUCGUGCGGUUUCCAUUUUUUUUUUUAGUGUUUAGUUCAUAUAUUAUCAAUCGCAAACGAAAAACAACGAAACUGAAACGAAAAAGGAACUGUUGGUUUUGCGUACACGCACGCAUUACAUACUUUUGUAAACAAAAAAAAAACACAACACAUAGCCUACUGCGACCGUUAGGACCGUUUCCUAAACCACGUGUGUCGUCGUGCAUUUGAAAGUAACGCCGUUACGCCGUUACGCUGUAACGCCGCACCUAGGAUAUGGUGGUUUGAAAUUGGGGAACUCUCGUUUUUAUCCACUGUUUUUUCUUCUCUAAUAAUAAAUAACUAAAUUUUGGCCAUAAUGAAAAGGUAAUGCUUGCUUUUUUCUUCUUCCAUCGCGUUCCAUUGCGUUACUUCAAUUAAUUGAAUUAAUUAAAACGAAACCCCGCCGUCCAUCACACACGUGACGCACGCAAUCGGAAAGCAUGGGGGCUCGGGCGCUAAUUUUUUUUAAGAGAGACAAUAACAUAAUCCACAUAACCGUACGCAAUAAUAUCACGCAAAUCAGAAUUCCUCGCCUUCCUUAUCUUCGCACGGAUUCGCUCACUAAAUUUGCCGCGCUUGUAGUAAAGAGCGAAACUACAAACGACCGUGUGUGUGUAUGUGUGGGGUGUGUGAGUGUUUUGUUUUUUUGUUCUUUAACGCAACUACAUUAUUACUUUACAUCAGCAUUGCAAUUCAUUAAGUAUCUGCGAACACCGCGUUACACUCUAACCCGAUCCUUCCGGGAUCGUAAGGAACGGAGUGGAUAUAGAAAGAUUGAAAGUAGCUCGCGCCGGCGUGCCACCGGAAGGACACGCCCGGGGACAUCUGUUCGCAUCUAUUUUAGUUACUAAAUGUAUAUAUAACUAGGCUCUACAAGAGUGAUUGAAUAGAGUGAUUGUAUGUGGGUGUGUUGGUAUGUGUGUUUAUAUGCUCGCUUUCUUUUUGUUUUACCGUUAAAUGUACUUACUAACCGGUUAGUGAAUAGUUCAGUAGUGAAACAGCAAAAAAAGGCACUCUAAGUGAAUGGGCUGCUGCUCGACAGCUCAACAAACGGCCGGUCGUUUCGCGC